AUGCGGUUCGCUUCAAAAAAACAGACCAUCGACGCCAUCGACGAAGAUGCCGGGGUCUCGCUAUUGAUCGUCGAGCCCGAGGACAUGUGGCACGCUAACAACUUGAUCGCGGAAGGAGACAUCGUUCACGCCCCGGCUGUCCGCAAGGUCACAAUGACGACGGCGACUGGCUCUACGGUUGGAAAGAGCGUACGCACAAACCUGUCAAUCCGAGUCAAGUCGACUUUCUUCGACCCGCUCGCGUCGGAGCUCAAGGUGUCGGGCACUGUUGUCAACGAGAACGAUUGGGUCAGCGUCGGGCAACACCACACAAUCACGCUUAAGUACGAGAAGGCGGACCUCAAGUUCACGAUAUGGAAGAGCUCCGGCUGGGACUCGGUGGCGAUACAGUCUUUGAAGGAGGCGUUAAGUGAAGAUCGGCCCGAGGCGAUUGCCGCUGUCGUCAUGCAGGAGGGCUUGGCCAACAUCUGCUUGAUUACCGAGUUUCGGACGAUCGUCAAACAGCGAAUCGAGAGCCCGAUACCGAAGAAGCGCUCGACGGCAAAGGAGUCGACAGGGGCAAUGUCGUCGUUCUUCGAAAAGACACUCUCGAGUCUGCGCAACAAUGUUGAUUUCAGCAUCCCCCGAACGCUGCUCCUGGCGAGCCCCGGGUUUGCCGCAGACGAUUUUCGCGCCUACAUGGCGUCCGAGGCCUCUAGAACGGGCGAUAAAGGUCUUCAGAGAAUUGCAAAGGAGGCGGUCGUGGUGCAGUCAACGUCUGGUCACGUUCACAGCCUUAACGAGGUGCUGAAGAGCACCAAAGUAAAAAAGAUCUUGGAGAACGCCAAGGUUACAACCGAGACAAAUUUGAUGGACCAAUUCUACGACCGUCUUCGCAAAGACGAUGGGAGGGCGUGGUACGGCACCAAGCCCGUCGAGAAGGCCGUUGCCGAGGGCGCGGUGGGCCGUGGAGGAGGGGUUCUGUUUGUCAACAAUGGCUUCUUCCGAAGUAUGGACGUCGCGACGAGGAAAAAGUACGUUGCACUCGUGGACAAGGUAAAGGAAGAUGGCGGAGAGGUUCGACUGCUCAGCAGCGACCACGAAAGCGGCAAGCGUCUGGAAUCUCUGGGCGGCAUCGCUGCGAUUCUGACGUAUCCUAUACUGGACCUGGAUGAGGACGACGAGGAAGAAGCCGUAGGUGAUUCCGGUGAGGGCAGUAUGGUGAUCUGA